AUGGCAGGGGGUGCGCUGCAGGCCAAGGUCCUGAAGACGGGCGGCGCCUUCCACACCUCGCUGAUGAAGCCAGAGAAGCUGAUCAAGGCCCUUGACGAGGCGCUCCCGAACAUGAAGCCGCCGCGCUGCAGCGUCUACUUCAACGUGAACGCUCAGCCCCUGCCUGCCGGUUCGGACCCCAAGCAGUUCGUGGAGCUGAUGAAGAAGCAGUUGACCAGCCCGGUGUUGUGGACGCCGUCCGUGUCGGCCAUGAUGAAGGACGGCGUCAAGCAGUUCUACGAGUGUGGUCCGAUGAAGCAGAUCAAGGCGAUGAUGAAGCGCAUUGAUCAGGGCGCCUGGAAGGAGACCACAAAUGUGGAGGUGUAA